CGAACUUAUUCGACUGUUAUUCUACUAAUGGAUCUGAAUUUGUAGUGUGUUGUAGUGUAGUGGUGUUUUGUGGUGAAUAGCUGUACGACAUUAGUUCAUCCUCAAGAUGUCCUAUACUCUGCUAAGUAGCACCUUGUGUUUGCUGCUAGUUUUUCUCGCAAACAGUGGAGUGAUCGCACAAACCGAGUACAACUUAACUUUCGACAAAGCGUCAACUGUAGUUAGCGUUAAUUUGAAAACUCGUGAACUACGCGUCACAAGCUCCGGUCAGGUGGUGCAACAGAUCCGUCUCAGCUCCAAUCUAGAUCCGGCAGCCGUAUACGCCGAAACAGCGGACGGAUUCACACUCACGAAUGGCGCUACAGACGGAACAGUGCUGGAACUGGCAAGGGAAGUGGAUGAAACCAACUACUCACAGUUUUCUGUCAUAAGAAAUGCCGUACCGUCGGGUGUUAUGAUCGUUGACUGUGCCAAUCUGCUCAGCACGAACUGGUACGGUGGACCCCAGCAAAAGUACCAAUACUGGCCGGUGCAAAAGCUGCGCUUUAACCGCUACAGCAUGCUCUCGAAGGAAGCGGACAACAGUGCGGUCGGGGACCGUUACUGGCUCAAUGCACUCGGUUCGUUCCUGUACGUGGAUCCGUGGGCACCACUGUUCGUCGAUCAGAACUAUGGUCAGCCGGGUUUUAUGUGUCUGGAGACGCGAGCCGUCCUGCCGUACGAUACGUACGAAUCAAGCUACGAUGUGCGCUACACGAUCGGUGUCGGUGCGGAUGCCCGGGCAGCACACAUGAGUGCCGUUGGACGCAUCUUGGGUAAACCUUCCGGCCAUCCGGCCGAAUCGAUGGUAACUGAACCGAUCUGGUCAACGUGGGCCCGGUACAAGCGGGACAUUAAUGACAUGGUGGUGCGUCAGUUUGCCAAUGAAAUUAUCACCAACGGAUUCCGCGGUCAGUACGAACUGGACGACGAUUGGGAGUGGUGCUACGGGGCGCUCACCUUUAAUCGCACCAAGUUCCCGAACAUUCGCAACACGAUCACCUCGAUCCGGCAGCUCGGUUUCGCCCGUACCACACUCUGGAUACAUCCGUUCAUUAACAAGGGAUGCGAACCGUGGUACUCUGAGGCCCGCAGGCGCGGUUAUCUCGUGGCCGAUCACACGGGUAACACCGAUACCGAAUGGUGGAACUCGGUGCGCGGUGAUGCUGCGUAUGUUGAUUUCACAAAGGCGGAAGUGCGCGAAUGGUUUAGCAGUCGGCUACAAGCGAUCCUGGACGAGUCCGGUAUUGAUAGCUUUAAGUUUGACGCAGGUGAAAGCAGCUGGACACCACCGGAUCCAGUACUGAAUGGGCCACCGGGACGCCGACCAAGUCAGAUCAUUGGUGACUACAUACGUACGGUGGCCGCGUUCGGUGAUCUGGUCGAGGUACGGUCGGCCCUCGGUACCCAGGAUCUGCCCGUGUUUGUGCGCAUGAUCGACAAAGAUUCGAACUGGGGCUGGAACAAUGGGUUGCCGACACUCAUCACCACGCUGCUGCAGCUAAACAUGGUCGGGUAUCCGCUCGUACUGCCCGACAUGGUCGGUGGCAAUGGGUACGACGAUAGUCCACCGACGAAGGAAAUGUUUAUCCGGUGGCUGCAGGCAAACGUGUUUAUGCCGAGCAUCCAGUACUCGUUCGUGCCGUGGGAUUUUGAUGCCGAAACCGUCACCAUUGCGCUUGCCAUGACCGAGCUACAUCGAACCAUGGCACCGGCGAUAAUGGAGCGUUUUGCACUGGCCGUCUCGGAUGGGCUACCGGUUAAUCCACCGCUCUGGUGGAUUGAUCCGAGCGAUGUUACUGCACAGAAAAUUUACGAUCAAUAUUUACUAGGCGAUGACAUCAUUGCGGCACCGGUUAUUGUGAACAAUGCACGCGCCCGUGACAUUUAUCUGCCGCGCGGUUCCUGGACAGAUGGUAACACCGGCGAACAACACACCGGACCGAAAUGGUUGCGAAACUAUCCGGUUCCUUUGUCAAUGGUGCCGUACUUUACACGCAAGGUUGCUUAGCACAGUGGUGUGCCCAUUUCCCACAGGCGGGGAUUAUGUUGUGUUCCCAAACGAUCGGAACGGUUUGGUAUGAGCGGUUGAAGUGCAACCUGUGUUUGGUUGUGCUUAGUAUUUAAGUGAUCGUUAAAUUAUAUCUGAAUUUCUUUUCGAAAGAAUAAAGUCUUAUUUGUCAGA